AAGGAGAUGGAACGUCAACAAGCCAACAUCUCAUUUUUCAAGGCAGUGAUAGCUGGAAAAUAUACUAGCUAGUCACCUUGCUAGACAUGAGUCAGUUCUUGGGUCGGCAGGACUGUAUCGACAGCCUCCGAAAGGACCUGGUGGACCUUCAAGGUGCGAUUCUGGACGUGUUUUCUAGAACCGGACCGGUCCGCUUUUCCUCCUGGAAGUUCCCAGACAAACUCUCCUGCAGUCUGGAUAUGGUGGCUUUGCUGGAGCAGUAUGACUUUGUGGAUGGGGAGGAUGCAUUCAGUCAGCACUCCCACAUUGUUUUAUUGGAGCUGGUGAUUGACAGGCUGCUGCUUCUUCUGCAAAGCUUUAGUGCUUAUGUUGAGCAACUAAGGGGCAGGAGAGAGCAGACCCAGCCGAAAGGAUGCUUGUCUGUUGGGCUUGUGGUCAGAAGCUAUUGGAGUAAUCUAGUUCAAUUUGCCACCACCAAGGAGGCGUGCAACUACAUUAAAAAACAGACAAAAACAAAGACAUUUAACGACGAAGAGACAAAAACAGUUUCACCUGCUUCCUCCCAAAUGAGCUCAAGGUCUGACUCCUGCAGACAUUGUUUAUCUGCCAGUUCUUCAGCGAGUACAUUUACAUUUUCCCCUCAGAAUCACCUAUCCUCCAGUCCCACUCACAACACCCCACACUUUCCUAUAGGUGACAGCCAUAACGUAGGCUGCCAGACAAUUGAAUCAUCCCUCAUUCCCUGCAAUGCAUGUCACCAAGUGCAGUCCCUGUUGAGAAAGACAGGAGAUGCUUUGGUAGAUCUGUUUCAGAGUGAGGGCUUGCCCUCUUCUCUGCAGCCUCUCUCAGCAGCUGUAGCGGACACUGUGGAGCUGGGACAUAUGACAGCAGGUGAUGUUGCUCAGUGGGCCAAUGAGCAGCUCAGGGACAUGCGCCGGCUGGCAAAACACCUUCAAGAUGUACGGGGUACAGUGCAGCCUCUCAAAGAUCGACUGGCAGCAGCAGAAACAGAACAAGAAAGGUACAGGUCCCUGCUGCACAGACUACAGAAAGAGUUCAAGGAAAAGGUGGAAAAACACCAACAAAACACAGUCCAGCUGGAGUUUUCACUACACAAAGCAGAGAGAUCCAUGAAAGAAACAGAGCAAAGGCUACAAAAGGAGCACCAACAACUUAUGAGAGAAACUUUGUCAUUGGAGGAGAGGAAUUCCAAACUACAGGAGGAAGUUGCAUUGCAACAAGAUACUUUACAAGCGCUUGAGUAUGAGAAGAAUGAGCUGCAGGAGAGAGUCAAGACUUUGCAAACUGAGGAAGAGGUCUGUUGUAAACUACAACACAGGAUCAAGCAGUUAGAGAGUGAAAUCUCUGACAGUCAGCUGCUUCUUGACAAGGAGAAUGCCAAGUACCAGAGCGCUUGCCGUCAGCAAGAGUCGAUGCGGGCAAAACAGAAAUCUUUGUUAGAGAGAGUUGACGGCCUCGAUGAAGAGUGUGAAGAGCUGCAGAGGCAGUUGGGAGAGAGAGAGGACAGACAGAUCAACCUACACAAUCAGCUACAACACUUAUCAGAAGAGAAGGAUCAACUGCAGGCUCAGCUCACUCAGCAGCAGGAUUUGUGUUUCCAGCUCCAAAAGGAGAAGCAGAUGCUAGAAACAGAUGCCGACCUGCUAAAAAACUGUGUGGCUGAGCUAAAAGAAUCUGUGAAAGCUUUAAGAGAGAGAGAGAGGCUGCUGGUGGCUUUCCCUGAGCUCACGCCCCUGGCUCAGGCCCAACCACAGAGUAAGGGUACAGGAAAUGUGCUUCUGGAUAUGGAGCAGCAGCUGCAGGCAAAUAGCAUGCGUAUAAAAGUUCUGGAACAGGAAAAUGCUACCCUGCAACGGAGUCUGGAAAAACUGAGGGAAAGAACGCAGCAUAAUGCCACCGGGGAAGCCUCACCACAGCAGACAUGGAGCGGUCUAUUGCAGAGCAGCAGUGCAGCACGUUUGGGAUACAGUAACACAGGAAAGGAACCAAGUGGAGGAGAAAGUGGUCUGGAGUCGGCCGAGCCAGAGGAUCGUGUGUCUGCCUCCCCCUCGUCCCUGAAAAUUCACUUUCAAACCCUCCACCUCAACACUGCUGCUACUAGACAUACACAAAUACGCAGUGCUUCUCUGCUCUCUCACUCCAGAGGACUCAAUGUGAAGAAAAAAUGAAUCCCUGAAGGUGUAAAACAGAAGGUACCCAGUGUUAUGUAAGGAUUCAUGGCCGAGAAUGUCAUGUAAUGUUUUAUACAUUGCGAUUGUGUGUUCGUAUGACAGUGGAUUAACAAAAGUAGCAUCUCUUACUAUGUUAAGUUAAAUAUGUCUUUAAUAAACAUGUUGUGGAUACAUACA